GUGAAAUUUGGUCAUUGGUGGAUAGCACGCCCGAGCGAGAAGUUUUCCGGUUCAGUGAUGGAGGCACUCAGGUGAGCACCGAGAGGUGGCGGCUACCUAUGGUCAUCGGGAACACCCUCAUGGUCUUCUGGACUUCGGUGGUUCCGGUACCUUCGUUGGGCCUUCUCCUUGGCCGAGACUUCUUGGAAUCGGUGGGGGCGACCAUGAGUUUCUCCAAGAGGGUGAUCAAGUUUGACUUCCUUGGAACGGCCGCCAUCCCGCUCAAGCAGCUCGCCGCAGGUCAUUUCCUGCUGCGGCUCAUUCCACGACAGUGGCCAGGUGUGGGCUCUCAGAAGUGGCGCAAGCUUGGAACAGACCAUGUGAUUGAGUUGCAAGUCACUUUGAGGGAUUGGUUGACUAGACGUGUCAAAGCCACCGACCCUGUUUUUGGAGAUUUGGUGCACGAGCAUUUGUUGUCUGAACGUAGCCUGCAAGCUGGUAUGAGUGUGAUUGAGCUCCUUGAACGAAGAGAAGCCCUGACAGCCAUGUUCGGAAUGGACACCUUCUUCAAGAAGUCCGAGCCGCUUCCACCUUCAAAAGCGGCAAGAGUGGCCACAAAGUGGAUGCGCUUCGUUCAACGCUCCGUGGCACGCUUAAGCUGGCAUUUGUGGGUGUCAGGCGACCUCAUCUGCGCUUUGUCUAUCAAUUCGCUGGCCCGCUGGAAGCUUCAGGCCACCGAGAUGGAAAAGCAUCACUUGCUGCCGUUGGGCACUUGUCAGAAGGCCGAGACUUUGGGGCAUUUCAGCGUGGGCAACAUGCAGGAGUGCAUGUGGUUGCGCAACCGCAUGGGGCUGGAGGUGGCAUUUGUGGAGGACCCCAUCCUGAUGGGCAUGCUUGCAGCCCGUUCUUCAAAGGGCAUGGCAGCGCAGGUGAAGUCAGAAGCGCUGAAGGAGGCGAAAGCCAAGGCUGCUCAAGCCGAGAAGGAUGGCACCAGGGACGAAGAAGCACGAGCCUUGAUUGGACCUCGAGGAGGACUUCCUACCCUUCGAGGAGACCUUGUUCGCCUAGCAGCAUUGCUCAAUGUCCCAAUCGACUCCAAGAUGACCGUGGCUCAGAUCAAAGAGAAGGUGAAGCCGACUGUGGAGUUGCUCAAAGGCAAGCCGCCUUCGAAGCACAACAAAGCCUCUUCGAGCUCGGGCCUGACCUAUCCCGAUCCGAGACCAUCCACGGCACCUUCGAUUGCACCUCAAGCCAAAGCUCCACCUGCAGGAUUAGAGAAGUUUUCUCCGUCACCUCAAGUGGCAGAGAUGGAACGGCAGUAUCGCCAAAAUCAAGCCCAGUUCCACGACAUGAUGCAGCAGGUCGCUUCAGUUCUCGACACCCUGAACCGUCGCCCUGGAGGACUACAUCAGCUGCAGACGCAAGGCGAGAUGCCAGAGCACUUCUCCCUGACAGGAGCAGCUCCUAUGCAGGUGGACAGCGUCCUCAACGGAGAGGAGCGCCCGAUGAGCGACUUCUCGGAGGCCGAACUUCGCCAGUUGGCGGGAGAAUCCAUGGAGAGCGUCUACCGGGAACGCCUGGAGGCCCAAUACGGCGACCUGGACUGUGUCGACCUGACGAAGGACCAAGUGGAGGCCCUAGCGACGGAAUUUGAGGAGGACAUGUUUCACUACAUGAACGACGAGAUCUUCAUGAAUAGCGUUGACUUGGCUUCAUGUCUCACACCCUUUUUGUCCAAGUCUCCGCCUUUGUCCAAGAGAACCUCCUCUCGCCUGUCGAGCUCUAUGAGCAAACCGAGUCCUUUGACAAAUAAGAGCUCUACUUCCCAACAGAGCCCUUCGGCAAGCACUAUGCCGGAGAAGACGAGACCUUUCAUGACCGAGAUCUUCACCACAACACAGAGAGUCAUGAAAGAAGCGGCCAAACGAGGCCAUCGUGUUGGAGUGCCCAUGAGCCUGGACACUGGAUGGAACUUCCUGGAGGAGGCAGACCGGCAAGCCUGCAUCGAUUGGGUGCGGAAGGAAAAGCCCUACUUCCUGGUCAUCGCCUUCCCCUGCGGACCGUUCAGUCCCUUGCAACGGCUGAACCAGAGUGGAAUGUCGCCUGAAGUCCUUGAGCGAGGACGGACGUUGAUGGCAUUUGCUUUGGAGUUGGCUGGUGAGCAAGCUCGCGGAGGCCGACACUAUGUCCUGGAGAACCCCGCGCCCAGUGGAGCAUGGAAAGAGCCUUUGAUGGAAGACUUCAUUGACCGCUUUGACCCCUACCAGGUGACCGUUAGAGCCGGCCACUACCCUGCUGCGAUGGCUCGCUUGCUUGUUCGUGGCAUGGAGGACCAAUUCAACCUCGACACCCAGAAGCUCACCAAGAAAGGCUCAGAAGUCUUGGCAGUUGGUGCCUUGGGAGAUGAUGAAAUCGACGGUGGAGAGCAUUUUGCCCCGCCGACCUUGGACAGUGACUCGGAGCUCGAUGAGCGUGAGACAAAGGAGAAUGCAGAGAAGAUUCCAGCUUCCAUCAAAGCAGCAGUGGCCAGACUGCACGCCAAUACAGGACGACGAGAGAUGGAAUUGGCUCCUGGAGAAGCUACCUCCGCCUACAACAACGACAUCAAUGACUCAGGUUGCAGUCCAUCUCAAGCUGCACUAGGCAAACAGCCCAGAACUCCCGGCGAUGUGCUGACUGACAUUCAAAGCCGCCUCGCUGAACAAGACCUGGUGAACUAUGAUGCUGGCUAUGCACGCCAGAUGGCCCUUCGAGAGACAGCAAAAGUCUCGAUGACUCGACUGCACUUCAGCCGUGGUUUGAGGAAAGCUGAGCUUGCCCGCAGUCGAGACACCACCAUCACAGAAGCUCCAGCUCCUGGCUCGAUCGUCUACUUCUUCCGCUUUCAGAAGUACAACAGUCGCAACACUGGACGACGCCGCCGCCUGUCACUCAGACGUUGGCAUGGGCCUGGACUUCUCGUUGCAGUUGAGCCUGGAUCCAAUGGAGAUGGACCCAAUGGGUAUGUUUCUUUCAAGGGUCAGCUCACCAAGUGCAGCAUGGAGCAUGUGAGAUUGGCAAGCCCCAUGGAGCAGAUCGCCACUGACACCUGGCGUGAUGCGAUUGAAGAAGCAGUUGAGACCGCCCUGCAUGACAUGACUCGCAGCGGCGUUCCUACAACGAAACCGGUGACUUCAAGCAGAACGUCGAGCUCUACAGGAACUUCGUUGGCUCCUUCACUGGCCCCAUCUGAGGCCGGAGAUCGCCCGACGGUUGCUGAUUUGCCGCCGGUGGAACCUCAAGAAGUGGUUGGUGCUAUGCAAGCUGGCGUGGAACCACAGUUGCCUUCAGUGGUUGGGAACAGCGCACGACAAACCACCCCGUUUACACGGCAGAACACACCUGUUCCACAAACAGUGGAGUCACCACCAGUUGCACCACCAGCACCUUCUCGCACAGUGAAUCCUCAGUCACCUUUUCCUUAUUUAGAACAACAGCUUGUGAGAGCACGACGGCUACAGCCGUUGCCAACAACAACUGAGGAGCACACAACAAGCAGCAGCAGCGGAAAGCGUGGUCCGGACAUUGAGACCGAGCAACUUCGAGCACAGACAGAGACAGCCACAGAGACUGCACCGUCUGAGUUGCGCGACACUCCAGUUGUCAGCAAGCAAGAGAUCCUCACAGUCCUCAGCAAGCCUGAUGAAGUGCGCCCGCUCGUGAAGAUCUACAGCGAAGCUUGCAUGGAUCGCGCCAACCCGUUGGACGCACAAGUUCGUGAUCAUGGCACUUGGCGUGGCAACUGGGACAUGCCGUCUCAGACUGAAUGGAAAGCCCGUUGCAAGUUGGGCUUGACCUGGCCUUGUGGUGCUGAUGAUCUCAAUGAGGCCAAUGCAGUGCAGACCGCUCGCAAAGAGUGCCACUGGUCGUCCAUGAACCCCAAGCAGAAGGAGGGCUAUCGCAAAGCCGCUGAAGCUGGAUGGGCCGUUUGGACAAACAAUGACGCAGUGGAGGUUCUGUCAGAAGCUGAGUCCGUGAAGAUUCGCAGAGAGCUCAAGAAGCGUGGAGAAGAUAGCAAGAUCCUCACACAUCGCUGGGUCUUCACUGACAAGCAUGAUGGGCUUCGCACUUCCAGCAACAACCUGGAGGAGAAACCGAAUGCACGUUUGGUUGUGCCUGGCUUCAAGGACGUCUUUGCCUUCUCCAUUCGCAAGGACGCACCCACAGCGAGCAGGACAAGCCAACAUGUGGUCCUGCCCUUCACCGCCUGCAACUUCAAGAAAGGCUGGCGCCUUCUUUCAGUGGACAUCAAGUCUGCCUUCAUGAAGGGUGAUCCCUACAUGUCAGGAACCCGUGAGCUCUUCAUCCAGAACAUUCGAGUUCGAGGAGAUGAACCUGGCCUUCCGUUGAGCGCCAAUGGACUGGCGCGUGUGAAAAAGGGAGUUUUUGGUUUGGCUGAUGCCCCAAGACAGUGGUAUCUUCGCCUCAACCGUGCCCUCACAGAGCGAGGGGAAGAAGCCCGCAAUAGCAUUUUGAGCUUGGAGGCUGAACUUGGUUUUGGAAGCAUUGAGCACAACUCCUUCAACUACUGUGGAAAGCACAUUUCACAGGAUUUGGAGACUGGCGUUGUCACCGUCAGCAUGGAGGAGUACCACUCCAACCUGAAGACAGUCCCCAUACCAGUUCACCGCAAGAGUGAUCCUGCAGCUGCCUUGACACCUGGCGAGCAGAAGCAGCUUCGAGGGCUACUUGGCUCUCUCCAGUGGCUUGUGGCACAGGUCCGCGUGGACCAUGGCUUUGGACUCUCCGUCCUACAAGGUGAACAGCCCAACGUUGGCACGCUGAUGAAGGCCAACGCACUGGCCAAGCGAAUGAAGUCCUACGGCAACUUCAGCCUGAAGUUCCGGCCUAUGGAGCUUGAAGGUUGUGGAGUGGUGGUUGUCACAGACUCCAGCCUGGGCAAUGUCACCAAGAGCGGAGGCGAUCGUUCGAUGAAGGAGAAAACCUACUCCCAAUCGUCGUUCUUUGUCAUCCUGGCCGACAAGAACCUCAUGAACGGCAAGGAGGGGGCAUUCUGCCUCAUUGACACUCGAAGCCACAGGCUUCCCAAGGUGUGCCGCCGCAGCACCUUUGGAGCUGAGCUGCUCGGGGCCGAGGAGGCCUUUGAUGUUGGACAAUAUGUCCGUGGUGUGAUGGCCGACUUCUUCGGCUACCCCAUGGAGACCAGGCAUGUGGAUGCCAUCCUCGACAUGGUCCCGCUGACCGUCGUGACCGACGCGAAGGACACCUUCGACAAGUGUUCAAGCGACACUCCUUCCUUCGGGUCGCAAAAGUCGCUGGCAUUCACCACGACCUGGAUCAGGUCGAUCCUGAGGAGGCCAAACACAUCUCUGAGGUGGAGCGCCGCAGAGAACAUGUUUGUUGAUGCUGGCGCCAAGGAUAUGGACUUGAGCCACUUGCAGUCCAUCCUGACCAAAGGGCGCUGGAACGCCUGCUACAGUGCGAGCUUCAUCAAGAAGUCCAACAAGGGUGGCAAGAAGCUUGGAAGCGUGAGCGCUGAUGCUGUGCUGCCGGGUGAGCCGUUGACCGAGUCUCACAGUGUUUUUCCAUACCUGCAUCGCCUCAGCGAGGCCACAGGAUGGCACUUUCAAGGUAGCGCAGCCAUUCAGGUUGCAAGAAACGCCCGAUCCUACCGGUCACCUGUCCCUCGCCUUGACCCCAAGAAAUACCCAAUGCGAAGUUCAUUUGGAAGGUUCGACCACCAAUCUGGGUUUUCUGAGUGGAGGUUGCUCGAAGAACAGGUGCCAUUUAAGGAGUUGGCGAAUGCGCAGGCUCCCAUAGGAGAGGCCGCCGCGGUGCUGAUCACA